AUGGACGUGAUCAUUGGACUCGGGCUGGGAUGUCAACAGUUCUUUCGGUACCACGUGGACCAACAGAACCCUUGUCACCAUUCUGGACCGAAUGACCACGUGGACGAACAGAACACUUGUCACCAUUCUGGACUAAAGAACCACGUGGACCAACAGAACCCUUGUCCCCUUUCCGGACUAAAGGACCACGUGGACCAACAGAACCCUUGUCACCAUUCUGGUCUGAAGGAUCACGUUGACCAACAGAACCCUUGUCACCAUUCUGGACUGAAGGAUCACGUUGACCAACAGAACCCUUGUCACCAUUCUGGAAUAAAGGACCACGUGGACCAACAGAACCCUUGUCACCAUUCUGGACUAAAGGACUACCCGGACCAACAGAACCCUUGUCACCAUUCUGGACUAAAGGACUACCCGGACCAACAGAACCCUUGUUACCAUUCUGGACUGAAGGACCACGUGGACCAACAGAACCCUUGUUACCAUUCUGGACUGAAGGACCACGUUGACCAACAGAACCCUUGUCACCAUUCUGGACCAAAGGACCUUGCGGAUCAAUAG